AGGAAACACAGUGGUUGCAGACUCGCGCUCUCUCUCUCUCUCUCUCGAUCUCCCUGACCGCCAUGGCGUCUCCUCCUCCGGGAGCCCACCGCGCGGCCUCCUCGAGUGGGGCGCUCGCGCCGGCGGCCUUCCCCGCCGCGUCCCACUUCGCCUCACGCGCCGCCGCCCCGUUCCUCCGGCAGCAACCCCACCCCGGCGGCGGCGGCGACUCCGACGGCGACAACGCCGUGGAGGAGGUCGACGAGGGCGACGACGACGAAGACGACGAGGAGGAGGAGGCCGAGCUGGCGGACGGAGCGCCCUGCAGCUCGCAGCAGCGGUGCGCCUCCACUCCAGGAAUCGGGCGGGCAGGGAUGAACAGGGGGAAUGGAAUGAGGCAAAUCGAAGAGGAGCAGCAAUGGCAGCACAGCCACAUCUACAACUGUGGGAACGAGCAGUAUGGGCAUGCCUCGUCUAGAGAGGAUGAACCCAGCACCAUCCCCAGGGAGAUGAGGGUGGAGAAUGGAUAUGGAGUUAUUGGGAGAAGAGAGGGAGGUCCUGCAUCCAGCUACUGGGACCUACUCAGAGCACACCUCUCCGAUCCGUUGACAGGUAUACUCAUGGAUGAUGCAAUGAUUCUAUCGUGUGGGCACUCUUAUGGAAGUAAUGGAAUGCAGCAUAUCUACAGAAUGAAAGCUUGUGGCAAAUGUGGUCAGCCAAUUACCGAGGACUCUAUUCGACCAAACUUGGCUCUCCGCCUUGCAGUUCAGGCAUUUAAACGCGAAGAAGAGUCAGCUAAAUCUCUAAAAAGAAGAAGAGAGCGCCUUGAGCAGGGUUUUGAUUGAUUUGUCGCCGGCGACGCGCCGCCCGCCAUGGAGAGGGAGCUGCUGGAGACGUUCGAGGCCGCCAAGAAGGCGGCCGACGCGGCGGCCGGGGCGGACGACUCCCCGGAGGCCGACCGCUGCCUCGACGCGAUGCGGCGGCUGCGCGGUCUCCGCGUCACCACCGACGUCCUCGUCUCCACGCAGGUUGGAAAACGUCUUCGUUACCUUACUAAGCACCCUCACUCAGACAUACAAUCCAUGGCUACAGAUCUUCUGGGGUACUGGAAAAAGGUUGUUAUCGAAGAAGGAAAGAAAAAUGGUACCACAGAAAAUGUUGGAUCAACCAACUCAGCCGCCAGAGCUGAAAAGGCUCAGCCCAUGAAGGUUGAUAAGAGUUCUGCAUCAGGAAGUGUGAAGCCUGAGAAAAGAGAAGUCAAUGUUAGGGGCCAGAAGCCUGAGAGCAUCAAGGUUGAGAAGAUCACCAAUAAUGAUUCCAAAAACCAACAAGUCAAGGUAGAGAGGGCUCCAAAGGAAGCCACUAGAACUCCUGAUACAAAGAAGCCAUCUUCUGUUCCAAAUGGCCCCCCAAAGCUGACAUCUCUUGUCAAAUGCAAUGAUCCCACUAGAGAUAAAAUCCGGGAACUACUUGCAGAUGCCUUCUCCAGGGUUCAUGGAGAGACUAGCAAAGAUGACAGGGAGGAAGUGAGAAACAUCUUAGAUGAAGUGGAUGCACGAGAUCCAUUCAGAGUUGCUGUGACCGUUGAAUCUGCGUUAUUUGAGAGGCUGGGACGUUCAACUGGGGCUCACAAGGCAAAAUACAGGUCAAUAAUGUUCAAUCUUAGAGCUGACAACAACACUGAUUUCCGAAGAAGGGUUCUCCUUGGCCAAGUGAGGCCUGAGAGGCUUGUUGACAUAUCUCCAGAAGAGAUGGCUAGUGACGCGAGGAAGCUUGAGAAUAAGCAGAUCAAGGAGAAGGCUUUGUUCGAUUGUGAGCGUGGAGGAGCCCCAAAGGCGACUACUGAUCAGUUCAAGUGUGGCAGGUGUGGCCAGCGGAAGACGACUUACUACCAGCUGCAGACUCGGAGUGCUGAUGAGCCAAUGACAACAUUUGUGACAUGCGUGAACUGCAACAACCACUGGAAGUUCUGCUGAGCGCCAAUCUGCUGAAAAUGUUCUCCCGGCUAGCGGUGUCAUUUGAAUUUGACAGGCAGGUUGGCUUCAAUUUUCCAUAAACUAGGAGCCUGUUUCCUUUUUAUUUUACCUUUCUUUUCUCUUUCGGAACCUGAUUUAUUCAGAUUGUACUAGUUGACCGCAACUGUUGUUGACUAUAUUACCAUUACCUGUUGUACCUCUUUAAAGUCGUGGAUGGCAAUGUAGUUCUGUGUAUAAGGAGGUUGUGUGAUUCUUUCAUGGUAGCCAUGAAGAGUGGAAAUAAUGCUGGAAAAGCGAUGUUGCUCAUA